GGCGGAGGCCGCCAAUAGCGAGUGGGCGGCGGCGCAGGCGCGCGGUGAGCAGGCGCGGGGCCGCCGGAGACAUGUUCCGCUGCGGCGCGGGCGGGUUGGUGCGGGCUCUGCGGCCCCUCAGUCCCGCGCCACGGGGCCGCGCCGCCGCAGGCAAGUUGCUGCAGCGCUGGAGCGCUCCGGUGGAGCGGCAGCGGAGCAUGCAUGGGGCUGGCUCCAGCGUGCCUGGUGGCAACGGCGCUAGUUCGGGUUUUGCCCUUAUUGUGGGCUUGUCAACAUUAGGAGCGGGUGCCUAUGUAUAUAAAACAUUGCGAGAAAACAAAGAGCGAUUCACCAGCCGGGUGACAACGAUAACUACGCGGUCUCAGGAAAAGGAAUCGUCUCCUCCUGAUACAGAUGCUGCUGCUCAGGGCAGAGCAGCUCCUGGGGCUCAGCCUGAGGUCCCAUCUCACGUUCCUUUCCUGCUGAUUGGUGGAGGAACUGCUGCCUUUGCUGCUGCCAGAUCCAUUCGGGCUCGUGACCCUGGUGCCCGGGUGCUGAUUGUGUCCGAAGACCCUGCCCUGCCCUAUAUGCGCCCUCCUCUCUCCAAAGAACUGUGGUUUUCAGAUGAUCCCAAUGUGACAGAGACUCUGCGAUUCAGACAGUGGAAUGGCAAGGAGAGGAGUAUCUAUUUCCAGCCGCCAUCGUUCUAUGUACCUGUCCGUGACCUGCUUUAUGUAGAGAAUGGUGGAGUAGCAGUUCUCUGUGGCAAGAAGGUUGUACAUAUGGAUGUUAGAGGCAACACAGUGAAACUCAGUGAUGGUACCCAGAUAUCCUAUGACAAAUGUCUAAUUGCUACUGGUGGUUCCCCAAGGAAUCUUCCUGCCAUUGAAAGAGCAGGAAAAGAUGUACAGCAAAGGCUGACGCUGUUCCGAAAGAUUGAGGACUACAAAAAGCUGGAAAAGAUUUCAAGAGAGGUCAAGUCCAUCACAAUCAUUGGUGGUGGCUUUCUUGGCAGUGAGCUGGCCUGUGCGCUGGGAAGAAGAGCACGAAGCAGAGGCCUGGAGGUGAUUCAGGUGUUUCCAGAGAACGGCAACAUGGGCAAAGUCUUGCCAGAAUAUCUGAGCAACUGGACCACAGAGAAAGUCAGAAGAGAGGGUGUUAAUGUCAUGCCCAACGCCGUGGUCAAGUCUGUCUCUGUCUCUGGAGGGCGGCUGGUGAUUAAACUGAAAGACGGACGAAAGGUGGAGACAGAUCACAUUGUGGCUGCAGUAGGCCUGGAGCCUAAUGUGGAGCUGGCCAAGUCAGCUGGGCUGGAGGUGGACUCUGACUUCGGGGGGUUCAGGGUGAAUGCAGAGCUGCAGGCACGCUCCAAUAUCUGGGUGGCAGGGGAUGCUGCCUGCUUCUAUGAUAUCAAACUAGGUAGGAGGCGUGUAGAGCACCAUGAUCAUGCUGUUGUGAGUGGAAGACUGGCUGGAGAAAACAUGACAGGAGCUGCAAAGCCCUAUUGGCAUCAAUCCAUGUUCUGGGGUAUGGAGAAAAUAGGCUGUUCUGCUGUAUGUUUUGCAACACACAUUCUUUUUAAAACAAACAAAAAACCACAUACAAAAAGACUCCCAGAGCUGAAGAUCAGAAAUGUAAGGAGUGAUCUGGGCCCUAAUGUGGGGUACGAAGCCAUUGGCCUUGUUGACAGUAGUUUGCCAACAGUAGGAGUCUUUGCUAAAGCAACAGCAAAAGACACACCGAAAAGUGCAACAGAGCAGUCAGGAACUGGCAUUCGAUCAGAGAGUGAGACAGAAGCAGAAGCCUCAGAAGUUCACGUUUCUCCAAGCUCUUCACCAGCGCCUCAAGUUCCAAAGCAAGGAGAAGACUAUGGCAAAGGUGUCAUUUUCUACCUCAGGGAUAAAGUUGUGGUUGGAAUCGUAUUGUGGAACAUCUUCAACAGGAUGCCUAUUGCUCGAAAGAUCAUCAAAGAUGGGGAGGAGCACGAUGAUCUCAAUGAAGUAGCAAAGCUUUUCAACAUCCACGAAGACUAAACUCUGGAACAGAAACACCACAAUAGGUGCGAGUAGGGCAGGGGGGCCACUGUCUGCGUGCACCCCUUCACCACAGACGCUCUCCUCUGAGUACAUGAGAAUAUUUCCAGUCACCUACAGUUCUGAUCUUUGCACCAAUAAAGUCAGACUGUUCUAACUUAAAUAA